AUAAUAAGGUCAAGCAACGCAUUGUUUCACGUGAAACUUUGGAGGUUAUGUUUUCCGAGUCAAGUUAUUUUUAAUGCUAUACUUGCAAAUACUACAUACUUUCCUAAGUGUUUCUUCAUUAGUGAUUGAAUCAAGUUUGCUUUCAUUUAUCCUCGAGUUCGAAGAAUCGCGUGACAAUGGAAGAUAAGAGUGAAAAAGCGCAUAAAAUCUGGACCGAUGAAGAACGGUUAGAACUUGCUUCGAAAUUGGAUGCUGAAUUAGAUGAAUAUAUAAAUAAUUUAGAAAAGAAAAGUUAUACAGAAGGAUGGCCGGAAGACCGAUGGGAAGAAGAAAUGGAAAAACAUCCUUUCUUCAUGAAGAAACCACCAGAGCCUGGCGAGGAACUUUCCCCACUAAUGGAAGGGUUACAACAACUCAAAUAUGGGGAAGAUGAAAAUACACCAGAGGAAUUAGCAAAUAAUUAUAAAGAAGAUGGAAACUUUAAUUACAAAUACAAAAAAUAUCGGUUAGCGAUAUUAAGUUAUACAGAAGGAAUAAGGACUAAAUGUAAGGAUAAUGAUUUAAUGGCUCAACUUUAUAACAAUAGGGCUGCUUCACAUUUCAUGUUAAAAAACUUUCGGUCUAGUUUAAAUGAUUCAAAGCAUGCUUUAAAAUUAAAACCAAAUUACCCAAAGGCAUUGAAUAGGGCUGCCACAUGUUGCUUUCAUGUUAAAGACUAUGAUCAAUGUAUUAACCUAUGUGAUCAAUUCCUCGAUCAUUCUCCAACUGACAAGACAAUUUUAAGUUUGAAGUCACAGGCAGUGACUGCAAGGGAACGUUCAAAAAGAGACCAAAGGAAACAAGAUAGAUUAGAGAAGAAAUUAAAUAAAGAAGAGGAGGAGCUAAUAAACAUUAUCAAAAGUAAAGGCAUUAACUUAGAAUUGAUUAAUGAGAAAAAGAAUCUCGAGUUAAAAGAUUUAGAACCCCAAGUACCACAAAUUGCUCAGAGUAGAGUUCAUUUGGAUUCAGAAAAUAAACUUAUUUGGCCAGUAAUGAUUUUAUAUCCGGAGACAUACCAAACAGAUUUCAUACAAAACUUCCAUGAAGACACACCAUUAAUAGAACAGUUAGAGCAACUAUUUAGUGAACCUCCAGAAUGGGAUACAGAGAAACGUUACACCCUUCAGAAUAUUAAUGUUUAUUUUGAGGGAAAAGAUAAAUGUUCUGUCCAUAAAGUAAACACUCAACAUUCUCUGGGAAAAAUAUUACAGAACGAACGAUUUAUUGUUCGCGGGGGAACCCCGGCAUUUCUUGUCCUCGUUAAAUCUAGCGAAGCGGAGAAGCGAUUUUUAGCCAAUUACUAAACAAUUUUGUACAUAAAUCACAAAUAAACUUCUAAAAAAUUCUCC